GUUUGCGGAAAACCUCCUUAUGGGUACACGAAUCCGUUGCAACCAUGUGUCUUCGUCAAAUUUAAUAAAGUAAACGAUUAUAAUUGCUUUUUACGCAAUCAAAAUCAUCUUUUGUUAUAUAUUUUUUAUUUACGCGUCGUAAAGUUUAUUGAUUUAAAAUUUACUUGCAAAACGCAAUUGUUGCAUUACAGAGAUUCAAUUGGAUACCUGUACAUUAUAACAAAUCCUCUCAGUUUCCGGAAAAUAUGCCGCGUUCUCUGCAAGAGACUGUGCGAUUUUCGGACAAGAAUUAUGUCUGGCUGUGGUGCGACGGAUCGAAUAAUGUUGACAAAGAACACGUCGGAGAAAUCGAAUACUUACCGAAGCCUGGUUUUUCCGUGCAGUAUUUUCCGUUCGUCGGGCAACCGGAUUAUUUAGCACCAGUGGUCGCGUUACGAUUCAAAAAUAUCACACCAUUUAGACUGAUAACAGUGGAGUGCAAUUUGUGGGCGCUUAAUAUUAAAAAGGACACGCAGGCGGUAUUAGAUUUUCAAAUAAUUCUGGGUAGAGUUUAAAAUGUGAUAAGUUAAUAAAUAAGAGAGUUAAUAAACAAUGUUUUUGCAUACAUUGUUUCUUAGUCUUGAUAUAUCAAAUUAAAAAAAAAAAAUUAGUAUUAAAUAUUUAUUUAAAAAGUUACAAAUACAAAUUUUUUUUGCCACACCAAUGUGACUCCUUUAUUAUACAUCCAUAUUACAUCAAGUAUAUUUUUCAUACAUUGUGCAAUGUAUUAAUUGCAUAGAACAUCUCUGAGAUAUAUAUUAUAAAAAAAUGGAAGAUGCAACAAUGUGUAUUUUUGAAUUAAAUCAACACGAGAUGAGCAGUGUAUUCAGAUUCCAACAAAAAUAUAACGUUCUGUAUUUUCAUUUUGUAUCAAGAGGCUGAUGUACGCUCUAGAUUCGGUCGGCAAUAUUGCAGAUCAAAAUUGGAGAACUUUGUACAGAUUUAUUAAUAUUAAUACUUUUAUAUAAAUAAAGAGAAAUGACACGAUGAAGCUUCGCUUUUGUCGAGAGAUAUACCAUUCAUACAGUCGCAUUUUCUGGAAUUAACAAUACUGUCUAGAAUAAGGAAAACAAUUGAUAAGAGAGAGAAAGAGAGAGACAGACAGACAGAGAAAGGGAGAAAAAGGAAAGA